CUAACAGAUCGCGAACAUGGCAGGGAAGUCGGGGCUCCAGCAGUGGCAGGACUGCCAGUGGCGAUGGUGGCGACUGGCCGACGUCGUGCGUGUGUUUUGUUGCUGCUGCGAUGCGUCUGCUAAAUCAGCGAUCGGCAAGUAAACGAGUGUGAGAAAAGUUAGUGGUCAGCUGGUGCGACGUACGGUGGACAGUGCUGAGAGAAGUAGCAUCGUCCGGCUGCAGAACCGGAGGGCUGAAUAAACGGACCGAGGGAGAGAAGUCGCCGUGCGACAGGCGAGAGAAAAAAAAGGUUACGAGGGGCGGAUCGUCGGUGGUAAGGACCGUUCGUGUGAAAGUGUUAAUAUUCCUGGUAAACGAUGGCGUAAGCUUGUUUUCCGAGAGCCAAGGCGUGCCGCGAACCGUGAUUAUCGUGUGCUUUCCUCGCCCGUCAUUUUCCCCGUGUCGCCGUGCCACACGCAUAUGAUUCGGCUGCUCCGAAAAGUCGCGCGCGCGAACAACGGAACGCGUAUACAAAGUAAGGUCAGUGAAAACAGAAUCGUGUGUGUGCUAUGCUGUCCGGUUGGUACGCAGGCUAUGUAGUGAAUAUAUCGGUAACGUCGGCUCGUCUUUGACCGUUGCGUGUCGCGAAGCUCUUUCUCUCUUUCCGUCUCCCUCCCUUUCUCUCUCUCUCUCUCUCACGUACCCUCUUUCUUUCUUUCUCUCUUUCUCCUUCACGCGUGUACGCGCGAGCGUUCUAUCUCGCCUGUCGUCUCAUCCCGUUUCCCGUGCCCUGUUGCGACUAUUACCGCUACUUCCUCGCGUCGUCGCGUUGUUGUUUUGUUUAUUGUUGUUCGCACGUACUCGCGCAAGUGGUGCUAAUAACCUAACCGAAACCAGUGGCUUUUAACUGUGCGAGAGAGAAUAUGGUUACGAUGAUCAGUGAUACCUGCGGAUACGUUCCCUUUCUGCUGUUGCUGUUGCUGGUUCCUUAUAUCGAGAGCGCACGAAGACUGAACGAAUAUAUCCACCACUAUGAACCACUGUCCUAUCCUACUGAAGAGAUCCAUCGGGGUCACUUGAGGGCCAAGAGGUCGGUUACCCGCGACAAUUCUGUGACUAUGAAGUUUCGUUCGCACGGAAGGGACUUUCAUAUUCGACUGAAGCGAGACCUGACUACAUUUAGCAAUAACCUAAUUAUUGAGGGCCCCUCCGGGCAAUCGGAGGACCUCGAAACAUCACACAUCUACCAGGGCCACUUAGUCGGCGAACCUGGCAGUCAUGUGUUCGGGAGCAUCAGCGACGGUGUGUUCCACGGAAAAAUAAUUUCGCCUCGCAGUGGCGCGUGGUACGUGGAAAAGGCGCACUAUUACUUUCCACCAUACGAGAUAAAUGACACGCUGCAUUCUGUGAUCUAUCAUGAAAAUGACGUCCAUGAUCCGUACACCCAUCUUCGAAAAGGCGAGCACGGUGGUUGCGGGGUCACCGACGACGUGGUGGAGUGGAUGGAGAGAAUUCAAAAUUCUGGCGAGCCGGACGUUCCACCUCCUCCUCCUCCGAGGCCGGCCGCAAACGUGAAGGGGCCGAAACCAUCCGGAGAUUCGUGGAACGCCAAUCAGGAAUCACCUGGUCAUAAAUACUCCCGGGAAGCUAACGAACCUAGUCAUCGAAGGGCGCGAAGAGCAGCCAGGCCGAAGGAGGACUACAAUAACACUUGCUCCCUUUUUAUUCAGACUGAUCCUCUUAUAUGGCGGCACAUAUCCGAACAGUUACAACACGACGUCGAGAAAACCAAAGAAGAGAUACUGUCGCUCAUCGCGCACCACGUCACCGCCGUUAACUACAUAUACAGGGACACCAGGUUCGACGGCAGGAUCAAGCAUAGGAAUAUCAAAUUCGAGGUGCAGCGGAUAAAGAUCGACGACGACACGGCGUGUACGCCCCAGCAGACAUACGGCGAGCCGAACCCCUUCUGCAUGGAGAACAUCGACGUCAGUAACUUUUUAAACUUGCACUCGCUCGGCAACCAUCAGGACUUCUGCCUCGCUUACGUGUUCACCUACAGAGAUUUCACUGGCGGCACGCUCGGGCUCGCAUGGGUCGCUUCGGCUUCCGGCGCGUCCGGGGGCAUAUGCGAGCAAUUCAAAACCUACACGGAAACUGUGGGCGGCAUGUAUCAGUCGACGAAAAGGUCCUUGAACACCGGGAUCAUCACGUUCGUGAAUUACAACAGCAGAGUGCCGCCCAAGGUCUCGCAGCUGACGCUGGCCCACGAGAUCGGACACAAUUUCGGGUCACCUCAUGACUUUCCGCCGGAGUGCAGACCCGGUGGCCUGCACGGGAAUUACAUCAUGUUCGCGUCAGCGACGAGCGGCGAUCGACCGAACAACAGCAAAUUUUCGAAAUGCAGCAUCGGGAAUAUCAGCAACGUCCUGGACGCCAUCGAAGACAAGAAGAAAAAUUGCUUUACCGCGUCUGCUGGGGCAUUCUGCGGCAACAAGAUUGUUGAGGCCGGGGAAGAAUGCGACUGCGGGUACGACGAUGAUGAAUGCGUGGAUAAGUGUUGUUACCCAAGGCAGGUGUCUGAGUUGGAUAAAAUAACGAACAAAACUGCCAAAGGUUGCAAUCGGAAGGCCGGCACACAAUGCAGUCCUAGCCAAGGACCCUGUUGUUCGAGCGAAUCAUGCCAAUUCGUGCCACUAUCCAGGAACGUUCAGUGCAAGGCCGAAUCCGACUGCAGUUACAAUUCGACUUGCAAUGGGAGGUCCUCCGAAUGCCCUGCGCCGUUACCGAGAGCCAAUAAAACUAGAUGUAACGAAGGAACACAGUUAUGCAUCAAUGGCGAUUGCACGGGAUCAAUUUGCCUGGAGUGGAACCUAACCGAGUGCUUCUUAACGAGUAACGUGAUCCCGAACAUCGACAAACGUAAACUGUGUGAAUUAGCUUGCCAAAAUGGAACCGAUCCGGCCACUUGCCGCAGCACCAGCGAGUUCGCGCAUGUCGUCGGUUUGCCGGACGGCGGAAUCAGUCUUCGACCUGGAUCGCCCUGCGACAACUUCCAGGGUUAUUGCGACGUCUUUCUGAAGUGUAGAGCAGUCGACGCAGAAGGACCGUUAGCUAGAUUGAAGAAUCUUCUAUUGAAUGAAGAUACUUUGCGUACGGUAGCGCAAUGGGUGACUCAAUUCUGGUGGGCAGUAUUGCUGAUGGGCAUAGGUUUCAUCAUUUUCAUGGGCUUGUUCAUCAAGUGUUGUGCUGUUCACACUCCAUCCAGUAAUCCGAAGAAGCCACCAGCGAGACGCAUCAGCGACACUCUGAGAAGGCCGAUGAAUACUCUGAGAAGAAUGCGACAUCCACACGGUGGAGGAGGUGCUGGUCCGAGAAGUAUACCUCCCAGGCAAAGUCAAGGGGCCCACAGUGGAACUCGAGGACCCUCUCACGGUUAUGGAGAGGGCAGAGGUGCACAGUAUUAUCCAAAAGCAGGCUAUCGCUCGGUUCCCACAGCUAGUGCGCCAGCCAGUAGCAGUGCAGCACCCAACUACGGCCGUUCCAAUCACCCAGAACUGUACGCCGGGGCCUACUCGGGCUCCGGUGGAGGGGGUAGGGCCGCAGCCUACGAGAUGAGGCAUCACAACAAGGUGUGACGGGCCCAGGGAGCUACUUUGGCCGAGGAAUAAUCCUGACGUCGCGCCGUAAAUCUUGUUCUAUACACAACACAAUGCCAAACUGUGAAAAACAAAAAAAAAAACGAGCCGAUCCACCUGACACACGACGUCUUGCGUAACGAAGGACGAACGAAAACAGAGGGAUAGCGUAACCGAGAGUGCAUUCGAAAGUACCGAGGAUCGUCGAUGUACGUUUUUAUUUCGUUUUACAAAAAGCAUUCGGCGACGAUUAGGGCUCCGGUUUCGGAAUUGUAAAUCGGCGACGCGUGCUAGAAAUCAAUGGCGUGAUACAGAUCCCACUGUUUCUGUCGAUGCUCGGUUUUAUCGGAUUCAGGGAGCAUCGACGUAUUGCGGGGAAUGAACGAAACGGAAGAAGGGAUGAAGGAACGACAGACAGCGUUGGACGUAAUAGAUCGUAAAACAUACGGAUCCUUAGUAAUCUAUAUUAUCGUACGGACUUUUAUGUAAUUUGUCUUUUGAAUGUUUCUCGCAUAUUCCUCCGCGUGUUGCCAUUAUGUAUUCGCGUCGUGAUCAUCGAGAGCAAGGCGACGAAGGUAGAGCUCGAGAAAGACUUCUCUGUAUCGCGCGCGACAAAUCUGUUGGACGCGAUGCCGUAUCGAUCAAAGAUAUUCGGACGAACAACGCUGGAUUCGCACAGCAAAACGAUUGUAGAUUACGGUAGCGUAUUUUUGCCGUUCGAUGUAAGAACAUUUUUAAUGGCCGAGAUUGCAUAGUGGCGUUGAUGCGUCGAUUUCUGGGCGAAGUCGAGUCGCGCGCACGUUUCGCUCCCGAAAGCGCGAGUUUUAUCUUUUUGACCGGUUUCUCGGUGGAGAUUGUGUUUUGCCAGAAGACGAGAGGGUGUUCAAUGGGAGACAGGAGACGACAAUAUAUAUUUGGAUUAAGUGUUAGAAACGAUAAACGUAAUUUUUGAGAAGCUCCCGCUGAAUGUACCUUGCAUCUUCCGACUUCUCUCGCGUACCGAUUUUUCAUUCUGCGCCGUGUUGCGUUCGCGACGUAUAUUUUCGGUCGAACGGCCGCGAUGAUUUUAUAUACUGCAACCUUUUUUUCUUUCUUAUCAGCAUUUACAUUUUAAUCGUUAGAACGUUUAUUCCGAUGUAACUGUAUUUAAUUCGUUUAGGAUAUUUAAACGUAGCGUUUAAGAGGAACACCCUACCCCCUAAGUUUGUGAUUCAAAAGUAUUCCAACCAACGCUGCCGCUUUCCGGAGCGAAGAAGCGCGCCCACCAUUACCAAACUAUUGCAGGUCAUUCACUUGAUCUCUACCAUUGUAGCAUAAUGAUUAAUGAUACGUAAUAUUCUUAUACUAAUUUUUAUUAGCUAAUUGAAACGAGCAAAGCUACGAGAGACUAUGGUGAAUAGAGAGGAAAAGCAACAGCAUGAAAAGCAGAUUUUUUGAUAGCGAUAUUUCAUUAACAAUUAUCAAAUUAAUAUCGAAAGAUACGGAUAUUACUAUAAUUAUGCCUAUUACUAUUAUUAUUACUAUUAUUAAUAUUAAUAUUAUUAUUAUUAUCAAUACUAUUACUAUUAUUGAUUAGUUAUCUAUUGCAGAUGAUAAUUUAUCUCCGCUAUCGCAGAUGUUAUAAGUUAUAUUUAAAGACGGUUUUUAACUUGCAAUUAUCGGGGGCUGUACCGUAAACGCGCUUAUGAAAUACGCGCAUGGCGGACCAAAGACGAGGCCUCCUCUUGAAAUAUAAACAUGUUUUAAAUAUACGUGGGCUCAAGCAGCAUAUUCAUGCACAACUGCAUACUCGUAUGCGAUCGGACGAAAAAUUCGUGCGCGUUCGAGCGCCGCGUCGACUCGCGCCGGAUCUUACGCAGAAUAUUUAAAUAACAUUACGUGUACACUCACUUCCCUUUUUCGAAACGCCAAAAUGUUUACACGAUCGACUGAAUUUCCUGUUUUACUUUUUUCCGACUCGUCCCUUGUCGAGCAGCCUUCUUGAGCAAACUCUGUCCGAGUACAGUUUUGAGACAUGAUCGGAGACUGUUCCGUCCUUCAACGGAAUUUUCGCGCUGCGUCCGCCUAAAUUUCUCCGGGACGAAUUACAUUUUCUUAAAUCCCUAAAAAACGGUUUAUUUACGGGGAAUUUCCUUCGGCUAAGCGAGACAAAUUAUAGUCAUUCAAUGUUUCUAAGUUUAUGAUUUUUCCGAGCCGUCUUCUUUCCGGCAAUAACUCAUCGGCAGCAUUUUUGAUAACAGGGUCGUCAGCGCGCACCGCUUUGGUCGCCCCUCCGGGGUUUCUUGCUAUCUGCGUGCUACGUCACUUUUACAUCCCCUUCCAUCGCGUUACUGGCCAAUCAGUUUCUAGUUUUCUGUCCACUAAACGGUAUAAAAAUUCGAAACUGAUUCUUCUCUUAGUCUAGUCUUGUUUAUUCUUCUUUGCGUCUAUUCGUCUUUGAGUCUCAUUCGUCUCAUCGGUCAGUCAGUGUCAGUUAAACUCAGUCAUUCUCGCUCGGUCUCUAGUCCGCGACUUUGUUUCAACAGGCACGCGCUGUCCAUUUCAACCAAGUUCUGCUUCAGUUAACUUCAGUAGACUCCGGCUCACGCUAGUCUACUAGUCAUUCAGUUUUCUCUCCUGUCGUUCGAAUCAGUUGUCUCCAAUCCUCUCAGACAUACUUGUCUUCAGUAGACUCCAGCUCACGGUAGUCUACUAUUCGGUUAGUCAGUCAACUUCAGUAGACUCCAGCUCACGCUAGUCUACUACCCAGAUAGUCUUUCAACCUCAGACCAUCGAAUUGGGUGCUUUAUAGUGCUUCAAUUCAUUCUUCAAAGUUAAACAGCUGUUCAUCUUUCAUUAGACGAACAGCGAUACUAAUCAAUUCCGUCGCUCAGCGUAAUCGGCCUUGCAACCCGAGAGAUUUUGUAAUCGCGGAAUUUUAGUAUCGGGUGUACUCGCUGUGCACCCUAUGGAGACGCUGCGAAUCGUUAUCGUCGCGAACCUAAGCUAUUUUACCGAUGAUUUCGCUCGCGACUCAGCGUUUCAACCCUUCUAUCCUCCCAAGAUUUUUUGAUAAUACUAAGCUUGCCAACUUAUUCCCUGCUCCCCCUCCAAGCCCCGGCCCCGGAGAAAAACCGACUACGUUUCAACGAUCAGUCUAUUGUCUUUCCAUGUUUCGCGAAGCGUUUCCCGCUUCAUUUACGUACAUAUACCGUUCAACGUCACGGCAACUAGGGUUCACCAUUCGCAAAAGAAACGUAACGAUUUCGAAAAACCUAUGGGCAUGCGAGACAGAAGGAACGUUUCCAGGGAUGAAGAAACAAAAUAGAAGGAUACGUGUCUGCCAAAUCGCAGAAAUACGAGUUUGCGGGUCGUGUGGAAAUGUACAAUAGUCGCAAUGUGAUUAUAAAAAAAAAGCGGAUCGUGUGAGAUCAUAUGUGAGAGAGAGAGAGAGAGAGAGAAAGAGAAAGUGAAAGAGAGAGAGAGAGAGAGAGAGAGAGAGAGAGAGAGAAAGUGCAAAAGAGCGGGAGAGCAAAAAAAAGGCAAGGCGUGAUAAGGGAAGGGCAUGGACAGAAGACGGGCGUGCAAGAAUAAAAGAGAGAGUGUUAACUUGUGUACAUAUACUGAUAGUGGGCGUGUAUGUGCGCGUGCGCCUGUAGAUAGUGCACGCGCUUAUACACGCGUGAUCAUCGGAAAACAGUAAAUAUAUAACCAUAAGGAAUGGUAAAGCGAAUACAAAAAAAAUACUUGUUUUUAUAUCAGAUCUGUAUUAUAGCGAAAUAUUAUUCUGUAUUUUGUAAUCGGGACGGAAGUUAAAAAGAGUGACAAAUGAAUGCCUGUAACGUGCGUGUAAUCGAGCACUUAACUUUUUAAGGUGACGAGUUUUAACGACGAUCCAGCGUGGACCGGGACGGAUCGUUCGAUGUAGAUUAUAUAAGAAGUUUCGAAGUUUCUUGCAUAUAGAUGCAACGGGAUUCCGUUUGGUCCCAUUCGCAAUCGCUCGUCCGAUCGUCGCUUUGGUUCCGUUCUCCGUUCUUCAUUUCCGUGGUUUUUCUCUAUCGAUUCGAUGAUAACGAUUCAUGCCCUCUCACCGGCAUGAAUGUGAUUUACUGCCAUUCGUGAUAGCGUGCGGCGAGGGACGAAAAGUGUACUCGCUCAUAUGCCAAAGGAUUUCGUAUUUUAGAGUUAUUAUUGUUCGCCAACGCGACGUGAUCAUUUACGAACGCCCGUAUUAUGGUAAAAACGUGAUGGUGACUCGGAUUCGUUGUUCAAUGGGGAAAACCGGUGGCUCGCGAGGAACGUGCGAUCAUUUUCGCGGGAUGAGAUGGGAGUCGAGUGUCAACACGAUGGUGCCGGCGUAUGUAUUUUUAAAAGCAAACGGGGAAAAAGCAGACAAUGUUGUUGACCGAUCAUUUUUGCGUCCGAGACACUGCCAUUCGAACAGCAAUAGGGACGUAGGGUAACCGUAGAUCUUACUCGGGACAAGCUGGUCGACGUUUCAAAUAUCGUUCGUAAUGAAUUAUCCUUGCUUCCAUUUCACUGCCAUAGUUACAUUUCAAACGACUGACUUAUACGAUCAAAGGGGGUGUAGAAUGCGCGAUUAGGUUCUCGUGACAGUGCAGAAAUAGAACGAGAGGGUGGUAGCGAAAACGUUUGGACGCAGGAAAGAAAAGCCUAAAGACGAGCGUGGAAUGGGACCAAGUUGUAGUAUCUAGUUGACGAAGAACGUCGCUUAUUCGUAUGAGAAUCAUAACGAUUAAAAAACAAAAGUACGUUUUCCUUCAUCAUUUGUUCCCCCCAUCUCCCACCUGCCCCACCCCCUGGCCGCCCCUUAAAAAAAAAAAUCAUCCUGAGAAGUCUACUGCGUAUGCUUAAGCUUAUUCGUUUCCGCGCCGUCUGGAUUAAGAUCGAGUUCUAAUUAAUAUUAAUCCGCAGUCGCGCGUGCGUUUCGCUGCACAGUUUUUGUGAUAAAACGUACUAUCCCGCGAAGACACAAACGAGCAUUUCGACGAUGGGGAUACAACAUUGGAAGGUUCGAACGAUCAGCAUCUUCUCUGUGUACCUAUCUUAAUCCAGACUCGCGUCACUGUGACGCGGUACACACUACUUUAUCACUUGUACAUAAUGUUAGUGAGGAAGAAACAAAAAAGAAAUCGAAGAUUAUAUUUUUUCUAUCGAUCCAAAAAUGUGGUGACCUAUCAACAUCGUGCAUCUGAGAUUGUUUAACAUCGUUUUCAUCGUAUUUCAGUUCCCCUUACCCGUUUCCCAGUGCGUAUUCUGCCAACAAAUAUGUUUAACUCUCGUUUCCAAUCCGACACACCGUGUACGUUCUUUUGUAAAGUGUUGCUUCAAUAUUACCAGAACUACCGAAUUACUUUUACAUUCGAUGUGCCGUAGUGUUUGUAUAUUUUCUACUGUAUUACUUCAUCAGUUUUCUCUCCUAUAUAUAUUUUUUUUUUUCGUCAUACCUACACUGUCUAGCUGCGCGUUUCGGUUGAUUGUUUCAUUUUUUAUAUAAAUCUUAUUGUGAGCAUGAUACUGACCAAUCGCCUGAACGUAGCUUCAGACCACCACUCUCUCUUUUUCUCAAAUGUUUAGAACGCGGCGAGUGUUUUAAGAAUAUUAUAAAUAAAAAGGAAUAUGAUUGUAAAUCUCUUGUGUUAUGUUAAUGUGAUUAAAGAGAAAAAACAAAAACAUUAUAAAGAAGUAAAUAAAGCAUACAUUUUACAUUUA